GUUUAACGAAAGGAUAGGAAAAUGUUGCUUGUUUAGUGUCCGUAUGUUUUACCUGAGAAAGAAUGCCAACUCUUGACCAUGAAGCAAGCAACGAAACAACAGUAUGACGAAGUAAUAUUUGAUGACGCCACGAUGACGUAUAGCGACGUCACGAAUGAAAGACAAAUUCCUCGGAAAAGGUCAAGGUUGAAACCACUGUUGAUGCUGUGCCGAAUAUUUCUGAUCAUCCAAGUUAGUCAGCUGUUCAGCCUUGCGUCUGGGGAUUACUAUCAAGGUUACCUCAACCACAUAAUACGGAACCAAACAUCGAGCGCGUGUGAGACCAGUGUACCUGGCUACCUCUUUAUACGUUGCCCACAAAUGACCACGAUCUCCAUACAGGGAGCCAUGUAUGGCCGGAAGGUCCCAAGCACGAUGAUGUGUCCUGUCUAUUCCUCCAUCCUCUCGCCAGCAGCGUUGAUUGGAAUAAAGGAGAACACGAAUUGCGAGGCGGAGACGUCCCUUGCUAAAACUGUGACUGUGUGCCAAGACAAGCGAGUCUGUCAGCUUCUCGUUCACCCGAGAGAGUUCGGAAAAGAUCCUUGCCCGGAUACGUCCAAGUACCUCACUGUAACUUACAAGUGUCGCUUAAGUAAGAAAGAAACGGAAUCCUUUCGAAAACGCGGUUCUUGUCGCGAUGCUUCUGUUCGUCUUCGUUGUCCUCGUGGCGCUGCGUCGACUCCAAACGUGAUCGCUGUUUAUAACGUCACAAUCACGGAUAAUCCUUCUUGCGGAAACGUCACACAGAGAAGUUGCAACUUUACGAAAGCCACCGCCAUGGAUUACGUCACGAAACGUUGCCAUGGGCAAUACCGAUGUACGUUCCCUGUGUCACGUGAUCUGUGUGGAAACUUCCUCAACGUGGAGUAUUCGUGUGUUCCCGUGAGCGUACUUACCCGCCGUUUACCAACUUCCUCCCUUGCCCUACUUCCUGUUUCUGAGGAUACGAAUGACGUCAGCACAACGACAGUGACGUUGAACGUGACGUCACAACCCAUAACGUCAUCAACUCCACUUACAACGACCAAGCUACCUAUUAUACCAAAACUUACCAGAAUAACCCAACCAACGACUGUAACAACCAAACAAGUUUUGACAACAUCAGUCGUUCAAACGUCCCUACAAUCUACGUCAUCAGUCGCCUUGACAACCCACGACGUCACAACAGUUUCAGUGACGACAACGGGGAGCAGUGGGCGAGAUCUCGAUCGUGACGUCAUCAAACCUACGUCAUCAAUCAGAGAAAGUAGCGUUGAAGCAGUAAACGAAUUCCCACUGCCAGGCAUCGGAAAAAAAGGGGUGACUCCUACCGAAAUUCUGGUCCUGGAUUCCGGCGCCGCAGCGUCUGAAUUGCCGAUGUCAACAUCCAGUAACUCGACAGGCGGAAACGCCAGUGCCGUUACGUCAUCAAGCUUCAUGUUUAUACGAAGCAUGGCUUUGUUGGUGAUAUUUAUCAGAGAAAACUCGGACAGAGUCCUGAUUGUGUUCCUGGCAAGCAUCAGUAUCGGUCUCUUUCUCACUGUGUGCGUCCUCCUUUAUAAGAGAGAGGAUUUUCCGAGCUUUAGGAAGAAGAAAAAGAAGGAGGUUCACAACGAGGAUUCCGCUUCUCUCCUCGGUAACAGAGAGACGUCCCGUCAGUCACAGGCGGAUUCUUCUUCCACUGGGGGCGGUAACGCGCACAGUGCUCUGACGUCAAACAGUGACUCAAACAGAAGAGCCAACCAUAUCGACUACAUUAACCACGUCACUGCAAGCUCACGUAAACGGAAGCAGCGUUCAAGAAUCCAAGCUUUGUUGGUUAAGUGUUGUUCAUGUUGUUGUACUAAUGCACCAUGGCAACGUGACGGUUCAACUGCCGAUGACGACUAUCAUAUCGCACGUCAAUCAACAUCGUUGAGCGAUGAUGACGUCAUUAGUGCAGUAGCAAGCGGCAGGAAUCACUUCGACGGGGAACCUGCCCCAAUAUUUGCCCCUAGCCCCCAACAUGAGUCAACACCCACCAGCGACGACCAUUACCAGGCGUUUUCUGGUGGUAGCGAUGGCAUGAGAUAUGUUGAUGAUAACACAAGUGAAUACGAAUACCAAGAUGACAUCACACCACCUACACCCGCUCCUAUAAGACCUACGACUCUAAGAACAAACCCAAAUGUUGCCCCUAUAAUACCAAACGGUCACAGGCCUUACAACACAGGGUACAGGUCACCAAACCAGUAUGAUCCUCACACACAGAGUCGCCAGUUCAACCAGCCGAAUCAUAUAAGGGAACCGCCUCCGUUUCCUAAAACUUCCAACUACAAUUACCACCACGUUUCUCCCCAUUAUGCCACGCAUCGGAUCGCGUACAACAACACUUUUCAACCAAAUAACACAAACUCUAUGCAUCAUAUCGCGCAGAAUGCUCCACAGCACCACUCGGUUGCUUACCCUGCAAGUUUUGGUGACCACUAUGUGUCGCUGCAACCACAGCUCAGGCAACCUUCAAAUGCGAGGACAUUAACUCUCGGUCAUACAGAUCCGCGGUUGGACCGUAGAGAUUCAUUCUACGAUAACUCCUUACCAAGAGACAGCCCGCUGUACGAAUACUACCAGCGGCAAAACCGUCAAGAAUUGCCUGGUACCAGAAAUAUAAACCAUUACUAUUCAUGACAGCUCUUAUUGCAUACACAAAUUCGUUGUUUUAUUUUUAACUCUCAAAAUUUUAUUGUUGUUUUUUUUAAACUAGCUGAAAAAAAAACUAUUUGGCAAACUUAGUCGUCGUAAAAGUAAUAGCAUAUAACUCAUUAUUUUAUAGCUAUAAUUCUUGUAAUGCGAUCCAGUUAAAUUUAAGCUCUAUUUUUGCACCGCAAACUAGAUUCAAGCUAACACAACCAUACAGGCCUCAAUGUAUUUCUGCUGUGCAUCUUAAAAGUUUCAGGAAAACAAGUGUAGCAGUGUAAUCCUAGCACAUACAUCCUUGUGCCAAUUCAUCCUGCCAUUGCAACAGCAGUGUUUCUAGCCAACUGCUACGAGAAUAAGCUUUUUCUCUGUAUUUUUCUAUUUCUUUUACUGUGUGCUGAUCGCAACACGCUUUUUAUAUCAUCACUGAUCAUUGCUUUACAAAUGCGAAUUACUUUUACCACACCACCCGUGUUACAAUUUGAUUUCGAAUUACUGUAAACUUUGAUUUUUUUGUUUCGGCACAAAAUAUUCAAACCAAUAACUUUUUAAAAAAGACUGAAGGUUAAAUGUUUUUAUUGCUGCUUUAAUUUAAAGAUGUAGUUUUAUGAAGGUGGUAACUACCGAUUCUAUUUAAGGUGUAAAUGUUGACCUAAGCAGUAACUUAUUAUUUUCAAUACACGAUUCUGCCACACU